GGUGCGCUGUGUCCCUCGGACACCGCGGAUCACCGAUCAACGGAAAGAGCCGAAGAUGUUGGCUUGGUCAUGUGAUCAGCUGUGUCCAAUCAAAGCUGAUCACAUGAGAGCCGGUAUUCGGCAUUCUUCAGAGGGGACAUCUACACAGAUCAUCAGAGCACUGCCCUGAUGAUCUGUGUAGCCCCAGCAGCGCCACCUGUCAGUGUCCAUCAGUGCCAGCUCUCAGUGCUCAUCCAUGCCACCUGCCAGUGCCCAUCAGUGCCACAUCAAUGCCAGAUAUCAGUGCCCAUCUGAGCUGCCUUUCAGUGUCACCCAUCAGUGCCAGUCAGUGCCUCCUAUCAAUGCCAGUCAGUGCCACCUAUCAGUGCUGCCAAUCAGUGCUACCUAUCAGUGCCGCCUAACAGUGCCAGUCAGUGCUGCCUAUCAGUGCCACCUAUCAGUGCCAUAUACGAGUGCUGCCUUUCAG